AUUGAGCCCCGCACCGAAGGAGUCUCUCAACAAAACAAGUCCGUGUAGAAACGCAGCCUCUCUCGGUUGUAGUUCCAGGUUAAAGGAUGGGGGCGGUGGAUUGCCACUGUCACCUCGCGGCUCCGGAGUUUGAAGGGGACAUAGAGUGUGUAUUGGAAGAAGCAAGGAAGUCAAAAUUAUUGGCCCUGGUAGCAGUUGCUGAGCAUUCUGGAGAUUUUGAAAAAAUUAUUCACCUUUCAGAAAGGUACUCAGGAUUUGUCUUUGGAUGCCUGGGAAUCCAUCCAAUUCAAAGCAGUCCAACAGGACAAGAACGCAGUGUUACUUUGCAGGACCUGGAUGAAGCAUUGCCACUCAUAGAACUCUAUAAGGACCAUUUGUUGGCCAUAGGAGAGGUUGGUCUGGAUUUUACACCAAGGAUUGCCAGCACUGAAGAACAGAAGGAAGGGCAAAGACAGGUUUUAAUCAAACAGAUUCAACUGGCAAAACAACUAGAUUUGCCUUUAAAUGUCCACUCCCGCUCAGCUGGAAGGCCAACCAUUAACCUCUUAAAGGAACAAGGUGCUGAAAGGGUGCUGCUCCAUGCCUUUGAUGGAAAGCCAUCAGUGGCUAUUGCAGGGGUGCAAGCUGGAUACUUUUUCUCCAUUCCUCCUUCCAUUAUAAGGAGCGAACAGAAGCAGAAGUUGGUAAAGCAGCUGCCUCUAGAAAGCAUUUGCUUAGAAACGGAUUCUCCUGCACUAGGUCCUGAAAAACAGGUGAGAAAUGAACCAAAGAAUAUCUUUAUUGCUGCGGAAUAUAUUGCUAAAAUCAAAGGAAUUUCAGUGGAAGAUGUUUUACACAAAACAACACAGAAUGCACUGAAGGUUUUUCCCAAAUUAAAAAGUAUCCUCCAGAAGUAGCGGUGUCUUAGUCUAAGGCAGACAACAUCCCUAUUAUCUGGAACAUAUGGACAUAAUACAUUUUGUCUUGAGUUUUUCUGUCAUAUCUGUCAGUUGACUAAUAGGACCAAAAUAGAAUAUGUUAUUCUAUUUUGCUUAAUUUAAUGACGUUCAGUUCUUUCUGAGGACAUUUAGCCACAACUAUAAUUUCACAUUAAUUUGUUAAUUCUCUUUGGGCCUAAUAAGCAAUAAAAGACAGAAGAAGGGGUAUUGGGAAUAAAGCCAGCUCAUUUAUUUCUCAUAUUUGUAUGUAUCAUCUCUGUUGUUCAGCCCAGCAUAUGUGGAAAUUUUCACCCUCACAGCCGUACCAAGGCUGGUUAGAAUAGACUGUGAUUUCCUUUUUUGAGUGCUUUUUAACAGAAUGAAAAUCUAAACUGGUUUUUCCUCAUUUAAAAUGAAUAACUAUGGUUUUGUAAUUCUGUGGACAAUCUCAUGAGCUGCUUCAGAGUAAAUGUGACACAAAAAUAGAUUACCAUAAGAGCUGGAACAUAUUGAAUGAUGCGGGAGGGAGAAUUAGUAACCAUUGUAGAGAAAAGUAAUAUGAAUAAAGUACACUGGAACACGCCA